ACAAAAAUACGAAAAAUCAACGUCGAAACAUUAAAAUCUCCCCUCACCCAAUCACAGCCCCACAUCUCAAUUUCCACAAUUAAACUCCAAAUUUCAGUAAUAUUCUCCUUUUCUUUUUUUUUUCUUUUCUCAGUUGAAAUCUUCAAACUUCUCUCUCUUACUUAUAUAACGCACACGCUCAAACCAUUCCGAAAUUCGCGGUGUUUCUUCUUCUUCUUCUUCUUCUUCUUCUCCCCUUAUUUAUCUCUUGACUCCUUCUAUUUCUCAUCGCCGCCUCCGCCUCCGCCGCCGCUACCUCGCCUGAGUAGAUGAAAAAUUACUCACAACAAACCAGCCAUGUCGAACAUACCAACCUCUCUCUCUGAAGUCUGCCUCACACUUUUCCGUCUCGCCAUGUCCGUCGCCGAUCCUUGGCCAUUCUCCUAAAAUUCAAUUUCACCAACAAAUUCUCCACUCCAAUAAAAAGCAAAAAUCGCGAAAAAAAUCCAGCUCCUUCCAAUUUCUGCAAUUUCUGUACAUACGGUAUGGGCAGGGUACGAGGUUUCUCGCUGAAGCACCGCGUCGCCACAAUUUUCCGGCGUGUUUUCCGGCGGAGACGCUACCGCCGCCUCGGCGGCGAUUCGGGCCGGGUCGAACCGUUUUCGAGGCUGUUCAGCUGGACCGACCGGCUCAAGACGAAAGCGAUGGCGAUAUUGGGCAGGAAUAUGGAUCCGGGUCGGGGAUACAUCCGGGUCGGGCAGGAGAUACCGAAAGGGCAUAUGGUUGUCUACGUGGGCCAAAAAGAUGGCGAUUUUGAGCGGAUUUUGGUGCCGAUUGUGUAUAUAAACCACCCGUUGUUUGGGGAUUUGCUGAAGGAGUCCGAGAAGGAAUUCGGGUACAACCAUCCGGGUGGGCUAACCAUACCCUGUGGGAUCUCGGAGUUUGAGCGUGUCCAGACCCGGAUCGAGGCGGGUCGGUGCACCCGGAAGUUGCUGUCGUGGAAGAAAACGGAUAGGAGUUUAAUCACGUCUAGAGUUUGAUAAUGACGAUUAGGAGAAAACAAAUCGUGUUUCAUUGUUUUAAAUCAUAUACUAUAUUUUUAGUUUUCGUUUUAGUAUAGUUUUUUGGAAUUAAUGAGGUUUGAUUCAUUGUGUAUGGUUGUAAAUACAUGGGAGAGUAUAUGAAAUUAUAAUAUAUAUAUAUUUUUUCUAUUAUAUAUUA